AGUCGUGUGACCGUUUUCUCAUCAAAGUUACAUGUGUGACCAGUUUUCCUCCUCCCACAGCAGAGCAGGACGUCACAGUCACUCCUGGAUGAUCUGAAGGUCAGUUGGGGCCACACCACAGGAGAACGGAUACGCUCUCACUCCACCGGAGACCGAGUGGAAAAUGAACUGGGGGUUUUUGGAGAACGUUCUGAGUGGGGUCAACAAGUACUCCACGGCCAUUGGCCGCAUCUGGCUCUCCGUGGUCUUCCUCUUCAGGAUCCUGGUGUAUGUGGCGGCGGCCGAGCAGGUGUGGAAGGACGAGCAGAAAGACUUUGUGUGCAACACUCAGCAGCCCGGCUGCGAGAACGCCUGCUUCGACCACUUCUUCCCCAUCUCUCAGGUGCGUCUCUGGGCCCUGCAGCUGAUCAUGGUGUCCACCCCCUCGCUUUUGGUGGCUCUGCACGUGGCCUACAGGGAGAACCGCGAGGCCAAGCUCCAUCGGAAGAUCUAUGCCGACAAAGGCAGCAUUGACGGGGGUCUCUUCUGCACUUAUGUGGUGAGCCUGUGCUGCAAGACCUUCUUUGAGGUGGGCUUCCUGCUGGCCUUCUACUUCGUCUACAACGGCUUCAACGUGCCCAUACUGGUGCGCUGCAGCCAGGUGCCCUGUCCCAACACAGUGGACUGCUACACAGGCAAACCCACAGAGAAGAAGAUCUUCCUCUUCAUCAUGGGGGUCACGUCCAUCCUCUGCAUCGCCCUCAACUUGGCGGAGCUGAUCUAUAUCGUGUGGAAGCAAGUGUGGAAGUGUUUCUCCAAGCGCUAUGCUCCAGUCAAGCGAGCGGAGGCAGGGAGCCGCUGCCGCUCACCUGCCUCUGUUGUCAACACAGCUGCUUCCGUGGAGCUGCCGGCGAACACAGAUGACAAGAACACACAGCUGCCGUCAGCUGCUGAAAACCUGUCGGUCCAGUCCCUCAAAGCCGAGACGUGCUGAUGGAACUGGUUCCCAUCUCAGUGGAACUUUCAUGUUUACGGAGCAAACAUGGCGUCAGGUUCACAGCCUGGAUUGUACAGUUGUCUUCUAGUAAAUAUAUAUUUUUAUAUUUAGCUUCAUGAAGCAAUGCCUGGAUUUUUAGAUGGCACUAUAUGCAUGAUAAUAUUCGUCUCUUAUUUAAGGAUCCCUAUACGAUUGUUGACCCAAGAGUGCCACCUACUGAGCUCCAAAAAAAUUACAUUUCUUCAUGAAGAAGCGUUGUUUUUCUUCCCUUGUCGGAUCCACAGAGGGCAGGACCCAAACCCUUCAGAUCCUUUUCUGACAGUUUGCCCCAAGUGACUUGAUGUAAACUAGGCAAAUGUGUUUUUCCAUUAUAAAAAUAACUCAACACACUGUAACUCGAACCUCCCAAUCGUUGCCCUUAUGAAGUGUGACCAAACAGUGUCAUCAUUUUCACUCCAUGCUCUAAAAUCUUAGGAUUUGAACACAGCUUUUUUAAACCAAGAGCGCCACCCACUGAGCCCCGAGAAUCAGGACACUGCCUCAUCACGACCUAGAUCUGCUUCCGAAGUUGGAGGACAACACUACAUGUCCCUCAGAUUGUUCUGAAAUCAUGUUCAAGAUUUAAUUUCCCAUUCAUAUCCCUGAUGUAUAUCAGUUUCUGACCUUUGAAAGGUGGAACACAACAGAUGUAUGAAGGCAUUUUGACAAAAAAAAAGCACUUACUUUUUCACUUUAAAUAGAGCAACACUGUUUUCGUGGAACUUUUGCUGCACGCUAUUUUAGCGGUUGACACAUCAUGCACCGCACCCAUGACUUUUAUUUAAGUGCAAUUAUUCCUGUAAAGAUUUGUUUCAUACCUGAAAGAAAUAAAGGUUGAAUUCAUAACUGUACAGUGGUUUGAAUAUAAAGGCAAUUCUUUUAGACAG